UAACAUUACCGAGGCCUCAGUAUCAGAGGUAUGAAGACACCAGACUUUCAGCUGCUGUCAAAGACUUCAUGUUGGCUCUCCUCACUUCCCAUGUGGUCCUGGUCAUCGACCAUACGGUUGAUGAAGACUUGCAAACUCUUUUGAUGAGAUCUCUGAACAACGGCACUGGUAUCAUGGUGGCUGUCUAUCGUUUGCAGUUCCCGUUAGAUGGGCUUGAUCAGUUGUACAGCGACAUAUACGACCACCUGGAGUCAUACACAAGCGCUGUUUACUUCAUCAUUACAGCUCCAAAACUCAGCGAGGAUAUUGUGGAAAUGAUCCGUUAUGAGGACCUAGUUCGACGCAACCUGCUGUACAUGUUCUACUGGAGAGAAGUGAAACCAACUCUUAACUUUAAACAACACCUGAUAGAAGCAAUGAGAGUGUGCAUUGUUAUAAACAGACAACCUGGAACUUACCAGGUAUAUUACUCCCAGGCCCAACCGAGCGGGAGGUCCCUCCUGCAGCUGGUCAACUGGUGGUCCGCUCGCACCGGGGGAUUGUACAGACACCCUCUUCUACCUCCCGCAGAUAAGGUCUACAAGGACUUCAAUGGCCGCACUUUCUACAUCCCAGUCCUUCAUAAACCCCCAUGGCACUUUGUUACUUACAACAAUGACAGUAUUGUUGUGGAGGGAGGCAGAGAUGACAAGCUGCUUCAAAUGUUGGCUGUGAAACUCAACUUUCAAAUUGAGUAUUUUGAUCCUCCCGAAAAAAGUCAAGGAUCUGGCAUUAUUAAUGGGACGAUGAAUGGUGUGCUUGGCCAAAUAUGGAGACGGGAUGUGGACCUCUUUAUGGGAGACCUUACGGUAACAUAUAAUCGUAGCCAAGCUGUGGAGUUCUCGUUCCUAACGUUGGCUGAUAAUGAAGCUUUUCUCACCCACACCCCUGGGCGGCUCAACGAGGCUUUGGCCCUCGUCCGAUCCUUUCACUGGGAGGUUUGGCCGCUGGUGAUAUUUACUAUACUUGUCUCUGGUCCUCUUUUGUUCUUGAUCAUAUAUAUUCCUCAGCUGUGGAACAAUGAGGAACCAGUUGUCUCUCCUCUUAAGCUGUUCAAUGAUUGCAACUGGUUCAUAUACGCCAUUUUUCUUAGACAAGGAGUUUCGGUCCAAACAGAGAAGCACAAGGUGAGGUUCGUUGCCAUUCUGUUGUCUCUGGGUGCCACUUAUGUUAUCGGUGACAUGUAUUCAGCCAAUCUCACAUCCAUGCUGGCUCGCCCAGCCAGAGAAAGGCCCAUAACAAAUCUGGAACAACUGGCUGAAGCAAUGGAGAAUCAGGGAUACCAACUGUUGGUAGAAAAGUUUAGUGCUUCCCAUGGCAAUGUUGAGAAUGGUACUGGCUUGUACAAGAAAAUCUGGCAACAAAUGGAGAAGCAGAAGAUGUAUCCCCUCAUAGAGUCCACAGAAGACGGGAUGAAGCUGGUGAGAGAUAAGAAGAAUGUAGCUCUCAUAGGAGGCAGAGAGACUUUCUUCUUUGAUACUCGACGGUUUGGAGUUCAUAAUUUUCACUUGAGUGAAAAACUUUACACUCGAUACUCAGCCAUCGCAAUGCAGCUGGGAUGUCCUUUCAUUGACAAGUUCAAUCAGAUACUGAUGAGACUGUUUGAAGCUGGAAUACUAACGAAAAUAACGGAAGAGGAAUACCAGAAUCUGGGAGAAAAGAAAUGGAGGGAGUCCAGAAGGACUCAACAGGAGAAGGAGGAAUUAUCGACCAGCGUUGCUGAGGGGGAUGACAAACUUGAGGAGGAUGAUAAACUACGUCCAAUGAGCAUUAAGGCUUUGCAAGGAGGUUUCUUUAUUCUCAUGAUCGGUCACUGUGCUGCAGGUAUUUUGCUUCUGCUGGAGCUGAUGGUGGCUCACAAUCGCAAGUGUUUGGGAUCUAAGAGAGAAUCCCAAAAAAAUCCAUCAAAGGAAGAUUGUUAGUAAAAACGUUUCUUUAACCACUUCACUCUUCUGGUGUGUUAUAUGAGUAUUUAAAUCAACAAUAACAUUAGUAUAUCACUAUUAAUAUUGUAGCUCACUCUAUGUCAAUUUGCAAAGUCUUAAUUUAAUAAUUAAAUACUACAAUA